AUGGUCGAAUAUGUCGCUCCACCUGAGGACCUCUCUCGACUGAAUCCCAUCCAGAGAUAUAUGCAAAAGGGCCAACUUGGUAGACAAGAUUAUGUCUGGCUCUUCAUCGUUGUUCUCGCCUACUUCACGGCAAGACCAUAUAUCCAGAAAUUCUUCAAGUGGUGGAUGGGUACCCAGGACCAGAAAGAGGGGGAACAAGUCAUGGAUGAAUACUUCAAGUCCAAGGCAAAGGUCGGACCAAAUGCUAUUCGAGGCACCGAGCCGGAAGAACCAAACCCCAUCCUAGAAAAGGCUGGCAAUGCGAGCGCUUCAGGCAGCAACCUUGACAAGAAGGGUGGUCUGGUCAAUCGAAAGGUGAAAGGCAAAUCUGGAGAAGAACAACUAUUAGACUGGGAUGAUGAACCGCUACGAAAACCUACCGAGGGUGAUAAGUCAGACGUUGUUGCAUGGCUCGACAAGUGGUCGAACGAGGCGGAACAGUGA